AUCGAUAGCAUUUAUCGUUUAUCCACAGUUUUAUUUGGGAAAUGUUGUGUGUAUACAGCAUCUCGGUGAUGUGUUACUCAACACGCUGGUGUAAUAAAAUGAAUGAUAUGGUUAUUACUUUCGACGCAUACUAGAUAUUCUGAAUUUUAAAGUGUAUUUUAAAUAAUUUUUUUUGAGAAGUGCAACUUAACUAAACAGUAUAUAAAACGACGUUAAAUUAAAUACUCUGCGUUUAGCAAAAUUGUGCAAUAAUCAAUAUCACCAUCACGAUGAUAUAUAAAACAUCAAACCCUUAUAAGGGAUGUUUUAACACAACAGAUAAUAGUGCUGAAUAUUUCUGGCAAAAUUCAUCAGUGUUUUAUCCAAUAAUUUUGAUACUAUUUAUCAGUAGCGUGAAUGGAGCAAAUCAGUUGCAUAUUGGUGGCAUCUUUCCUAUAGCAGGAAAGGGUGGUUGGCAAGGAGGACAAGCCUGCAUGCCAGCCGCCAAGCUUGCUUUACAGGACGUGAAUGAAAAUCCGGAUCUCUUGCCAGGAUUUAAUUUAACACUACACAGCAACGACAGUGAGUGUGAACCAGGCUUGGGAGCAAGCGUCAUGUAUAAUUUAUUGUACAACUCCCCUCAAAAACUCAUGCUAUUAGCAGGGUGUAGCACUGUCUGCACAACUGUGGCAGAGGCAGCCAAAAUGUGGAAUUUGGUAGUGGGAUAUGCAUCAGAUUUUCGGGGACUUGCGCAAUGUCAGUAGAGUUCACGGCUAUGUCAUAUUGUGCUAAGUUUGAGGGAAAUCAAUGUUUUGAUAAUUAACACAAACUUUUGAACACUUUUUGAAGGAUUUAUUUGCUUUGAAUGGAUCAUAUUGCCUAUGCCUAUCCAGUAUUGCCAACGUACAAUUUUUCCCAGUUUAUUUCAUAAGUUUCACAUCGCGGUGUUUUGCGAGUAUUAUUCUCACUAACUCUCUCAAAUUCACCUCACACUCUCUCCUGUUUCUAUUCGUUCCUAAGGUGAAUUUCACCUUCUAAUAAGAUGAAUCUAAUUAACGAAACGUGUAUUGAUUAUUUUAAAAUUAUUUUAUGGUUUAAGAUUGUGCCUUAAUAGAUAACCCUCUCCUUAUCCAUCCUUAUCGGACAUUCAGUUAAUGGCGAUUUAUGUCAGAGAUUCUUCUUCUUCUUCUUCUUCUUCUUUGGGACAACAGUGCCACCAAUUUUGAUGGUUUAGGUCUGCCUUAGCCGCUAAUAGUCUUGGCCAUCUGCUACCAAAUCGAUUUGCCCAUAGCAGGAUGGUCGGUCCUAAGUUUGAGAUGAUCGAUCCAUACGGGACAUAAGCCUAUGACCAUCAUGUUGUAAAAUUGUACCACUAGACCGACCGAAAUUCAUGUGUUGAAAUUAUUGCUUUAUUCCAUAGCCAGUUGGAUACAAAUAAUUCAAUCUAAUCAGUUUUAAUGUAGGGAUAGAGACUCGAAUGUAUUGAUAAGUUAAAAUAUAUAUUUUUCCUUGCACUAAAUUGUGAAGAAUCUCUACAGUCAGUCCAAAAAGUAUUUGUCUAGCUGA